UAUUAUCAGUUGUAUAUGAUUAUACCUAUUGUCUUCAACUUGUGUAACUUCUAAUUAAUUUAUAACCAAUACUUUAUAAUCUAUUCAACUGAUUUAGUUAUAACAAUAUAUUUACAUAUAGUUUGAUUUUUUACAUAAUUCUGUGUAACACUGAAGUCUUCAUAAUAUUUUAUUUUUGGUUGCCAUUUGUAUUAAAUUUGGAUAAAUAUGGACUCUGGUAAUAAAUACGAACGGCCUUCACAUCCUAGAGCCAAUGCAAAUAUUCUCGAAAUCCUCACCUUUGGAUGGAUUUACAAACUUUUCAAAACUGGAGAAAAAAGAGAUUUAGAAAUAAACGAUUUGUAUACAACACUAAAUGACCACUUGUCAUCAUCAUUAGGCAGAGAAUUAGAAGAGAUAUGGAAGAAUGAGCUCACCAAUGCUAAAAAAGCGAAUCGAUCGCCAAGCUUAACAAGAGCUUUGGUCAAAAUGUUUGGAGUUAAGUUUAUAUUAUAUGGAUUACUACAAUCAGUCGUCGAAAUUUUUCUAAAAAUGUCUCAACCAUUACUCAUCGGUGGACUGUUAUCAUACUUUAAUCCUAAUUUUUCCAACAACACGCAUAAUAUAAAAUACGCUUACAUGUAUGCGAUAUUGUUGGCAUUAAACAUGCUAGUUACAUUGGUCAUGUAUCAUGCAAUACAAAUAGAAAUUUUACAUUGCGGAAUGAAAAUACGUAUUGCCUGCUGUUCAAUAAUAUUUAAAAAGGCAUUGCGACUAAGUAAAACGGCUCUUGGUGAAACUACUGUCGGCCAAGUAGUAAAUUUGUUAUCGAAUGAUGUAAAUCGGUUUGAUAGUGUAGUAAUAUUUCUCAACUACCUAUGGAUGGGUCCCUUACAGACAGUUUUAGUCACAUAUUUUUUGUGGCAAGAAAUUGGAGUAUCAUCAAUACUUGGAGUAGCGAUAUUACUUUUGGUCAUUCCAUUACAAGGUUGGAUAGGAAAGAAAAUUUCUGAAUACCGAUUGAAUACAGCCAUUAGGACCGACGAGAGAGUACGUUUGAUGAAUGAAAUAAUUUCAGGAAUUCAAGUCAUUAAAAUGUACACUUGGGAAAAACCUUUCGCAAAUUUUGUAGAAUAUGCAAGAAGAAAAGAAAUACAUGAGAUUAAAGGAUCAUCGUACUGCAGAGCAGUAAUGCUAUCUUUUACGAGUUUCCAUACUAGAGUUGCAUUAGUAUGCAGUAUAUUUUCAUAUGUGUUACUUGGAAACUAUAUAUCUGCCCAACAAGUAUUUGUUAUUACAUCAUAUUAUAAUUUAUUGCGGACAACAAUGACAGGUUUUUUUCCACUAGGUAUUGCAAUAGUAGCGGAAAUGUUUAUAUCUAUUAAACGACUCCAGACAUUUUUAUUGUAUGACGAAAAAAACGAUCAAACAGUUUAUCUAUCAACAUCUGAUAAGACAAAUGUUAAUAGUAACAGAAAAAUUAUAUAUACUAAUGACAAUUUGACACCGAUUAAUAAAAUAUGUAAUGAUAAUGAAACAACUCAAUUAAAUAACAUCGGAGUUGUCGUAAAUAAUGCCACAGCUAAGUGGUCAGAUACUCAAACUGAAAACUCUCUAGAAAAUAUUAAUCUAACUGUAAUACCUGGUCGAUUAGUUGGAGUCAUCGGUCCCGUGGGAGCUGGAAAAAGUUCAUUAUUACAAGCAAUUUUACAAGAACUUCCACUAUCCGAAGGAAAAAUUACAGUUAACGGUGUAGUUUCUUACGCAUCACAGGAACCAUGGUUAUUUGCUGGUUCUGUACAACAAAAUAUCCUAUUUGGUUCAAAAAUGGAUAAUGAGCGUUAUAAAAAAGUUAUACAAGUUUGUGCAUUAAAAACUGACUUGAAACAAUUUCCAUAUGGCGAUAAAACAAUCGUGGGAGAGAGAGGAGUUUCUCUUAGUGGUGGGCAAAGAGCGAGAAUAAAUUUAGCACGAGCUGUAUAUAAACAAGCGGAUAUUUAUUUAUUGGAUGAUCCUCUAUCAGCUGUAGAUACUCAUGUUGGCAGGCAUUUAUUUAGGAAAUGUAUUAAAGGGUAUCUCAGAGAUAAAACGUGUAUUCUUAUAACCCACCAAAUACAAUACUUGAGUAGCGUAGAUCAAAUUAUUCUAAUGGAUAAAGGAAACGUAUUAACAGAGGGAUCAUAUGACGAACUUCAGAAGUCAAAUUUAGACUUUAUUAAAAUGCUUGGAUCACCAGUAGGAACCACGAUUGAAUCUUAUAAUGAAAAUAUUAAAAACAAUAUAAGUUCUAACAAUCGCCGAAUAGGUUAUAGUCGACAAGUGUCCAUAAACAGUGUUGCAUCAUCAAUUGAAGAUACCCAAUUUAAUGAAUUUCAAGAACAACCUGUUGAAAUAUCUGAAAAUCGAACUUCUGGAAGUGUUUCAAAAAGUGUUUAUUCGUCGUAUUUGUUUGCUGGUGGAAGUGAUUGUAAAAUAUUAUUUUUCUUUAUCAUAUGUAUUUUCACUCAAGUACUGGCAUCAGGUGGAGAUUUUUGGAUGACCUAUUGGGUUAAUCUAGAAGAACAUGUUUUUUAUAGAAUCAAAACUGUUACUGCAUAUGAUACUAAAACAACUGACGAUCCGUCUACGACAUUAUUGUGGUGGUCAAUUUCUCGAAAAACGUGUUUCGUUGUUUUUAUUAUUUUAACUUUGUUUAUGAUAGCUGCCAUUAUCAUCAGGUCUAUUACAUUUGUAUCAGUUUGUAUGAAAUCUUCAACGAUAUUACACAAUAAGAUGUUUAGUGCUAUAACAAGAGCUACAAUGUAUUUUUUUAACACGAAUUCAUCAGGACGUAUUCUUAACCGAUUUUCAAAGGAUAUGGGAGCUAUUGAUGAGAUGUUACCAGCAACAUUAAUGGAUUGCAUACAAAUUGGAUUAGUAUUAAUAGCAAUUGUAAUUGUUAUUGGAAUUAUAAAUUUUUACCUUAUGAUACCUACUUUCAUCGUUGCAAUAAUAUUUUACAAAUUACGAAUAUUUUAUUUGUCAACUUCCCGCAGUAUCAAACGAUUGGAAGGAGUUACAAGAAGUCCCGUAUUUUCCCAUUUGAAUGCAUCGCUUCAAGGUUUAACCACAAUAAGGGCAUACGGAGCUGAACAAAUUUUAUCUGAUGAAUUUGAUAACCAUCAAGACCUACAUUCUUCGGCUUGGUAUAUAUUUAUUUGUUCAAGUAGAGCAUUUGGAUUAUGGUUGGACAUAGUAUGUUUUAUCUUUAUAGUAAUUGUGACAUUUAGCUUCUUGAUAAUCGGAAAUACGAUAUAUGGAGGAAAUGUUGGUCUAGCUAUUACACAAGCAAUUAGUCUGGCCGGAAUGUUCCAAUGGGGAAUGAGACAAUCAGCUGAAGUAGAGAACCAAAUGACUUCAGUUGAAAGAGUACUUGAAUACACUAAUGCUCCACAGGAAGAUAUUCUUAAAUCACCGCUAGAAAAAAAACCACCCACGGAAUGGCCUAUGAAUGGGAAGAUAAUUUUCAAAAACUUUUAUCUUCGAUAUAGCACAGAUAGUCCAUUUGUAGUCAAAAAUCUUAGUAUAAAUAUUGAGCCAAUGGAAAAAGUUGGAAUCGUAGGGAGGACUGGUGCAGGAAAAUCAUCAUUAAUUGGAGCAUUAUUUAGAUUAGCUAUUAAUGAGGGCAAUAUCAUCAUUGACGAUAUAGAAAUACACGAUUUAGGACUUCACGAUUUGCGGUCUAAACUUUCUAUCAUCCCGCAAGAGCCCAUUUUAUUUUCAGGAACUAUGCGAACCAAUUUAGAUCCGUUUAAUGAAUAUCCAGAUCAUAUUCUUUGGAAUGCUUUAGACGAAGUAGAACUCAGAUAUAUUGUUGAAGACUUACCCAAUGGUCUUUACUCAAAAAUGUCAGAAGGUGGUUCCAAUUUCAGUGUCGGCCAAAGACAAUUGGUGUGUUUAGCUAGAGCUAUCGUUAGAAAUAAUAAGAUUCUUGUAUUAGAUGAAGCCACUGCUAAUGUUGAUCCACAAACUGAUUUAUUUAUCCAAAAUACUAUUAGAAAUAAAUUCCGAAUGUGUACGGUGCUAACAAUUGCUCAUCGUUUGAAUACAGUAAUGGAUUCAGACAAGGUGCUUGUAAUGGAUGCAGGUACAAUGGUUGAAUUCGAUCAUCCAUAUAAUUUGUUAAAAGAUAAAAAUGGGUUCUUGUAUAAAAUGGUGAAACAAACUGGUUCAACCAAUGCAGAAUUGUUACAUAAUAUAGCUGCAGAGAGCUAUAAUAGAAUGAUUUUAACAAAAGAAUACCUUAUAAAAUCAUGAAAAUAAGAUGUUUUUGAUCUACACAUUUUCAAAAAUCAAUGGUUCCUUGUUUAUCUGUUUGAAAUGAGCUUAGCUUAUAGUAUGAUUCAAACAUUGUUUUAAUUAAGAGCACUAUUAUUUUGUAAGCUCUGUUAGUAUAUUAUUGUAUGUUUUAGGUUUAGGUUAUUUAAAAAAUGUUUAUCAAUUUUCCAUUGUAAACUUUUUAACAUACUUUAAAAUUAUGUAAAUUAUUUUAUUUUGACUUAUACUUUAUAAUAUACAAAAUACUAUAAGA